CGUGCGUUCGCGCAGUCGCAGGGAGGAACUCGCAGCGGCGCGGACGCUGCGCGAAUCGUGUUCCAAAUUUGAAUUCGAAUUGUGAAGUGAGUGUUUCGGUUAUUAAACUUUAAGGUCACAAUUUAAAAUGACGACGCAAAUAUUAAAUUCGACGCAAAGUGUUUUAAAAGACACUUACGACUACUACCUAUGGACACUAUCGUUGUCGGACAAGAGAACAAAAGGAUGGCCGCUAGUCGACUCGCCAGCUCCAACAGUAUUUUACACAAUAUUGUAUCUCUUCAUCGUGUGGUCAGGACCCAAACUCAUGAAGAACCGUCAACCCUUCCAACUGACUUGGCUAUUAGUACCUUAUAAUCUGGCCAUGGCUGGUCUGAAUGCUUUCAUAGCCGUGAGGUUACUGACGGCAUCUUUCCGAUUGAGAUAUAGUUAUAUAUGCGAGCCGUGCCGGCAAAAAUACGAUCCUGAUGAAUUACAAAUAGCAGAUGCAGUGUGGUGGUACUACUUCUCGAAGCUUCUAGAAUUCUGUGACACAUUCUUCUUUAUUUUGCGUAAGAAGGACGAGCAGCUGACCUUCCUGCAUGUUUACCAUCACUCCACGAUGUUCAGCUUCUGGUGGAUCGGCAUCAAGUGGGUGCCGAGUGGAUCAACAUUCCUGCCAGCCAUGGUGAACAGCGCCAUUCACGUCCUCAUGUACACCUACUACGGUCUCUCCGUGUUCGGUCCCGCCGUCAGCAAGUUCCUGUGGUGGAAGAAAUACCUCACAAUCCUUCAACUGAUCCAAUUCACAGCAGCGCUAGUGUUAGGCAUUAACGGCAUCCGAAUGGGCUGCGAGUUCCCUCUCUGGAUGCAUUACGUCCUCAUCUUCUAUAUGAUCUCCUUCAUCGUUCUCUUUGGAAACUUCUACAUAAAAGCCUAUCUUGCGAAGGGAAGCAAAUGUAUGGAGGUGAGGUAUGGCGAGUGCCUGGACGAUGAAGAAACCAUCGCGAAGAGGAAACUUAAACAAUAUUAAAGAAUAAUAAUAUGUUCUAAAUAUUUUAUCUAUGAGAUAGGUAGAAAUUAUAGCUCUCUGGCGGUCGUAAACUAUUUAAUGUUAUUGUUAUGUUAAAGGUAAUUUAUUUUAAUACAUAUAAAUAAAUUUGUUUAUUA